UCAGGAUUGAUGCUGAGAUGCCACGACAUCAAAAACUGAUUGCCAAGGAAAGUGAUGUAAGCAUUGAGGUCGAUAAUGAUGAAGCAGACAAUGAGAACCAAGAUGGAAAUCAGGUUCAAGAAAUAGGUAUUGAAGUCUCAGGUGUGGAGUCAGAGGAAGAAACAAAGCAGAUACCAAAAAGCAGGGCAAGGAAGAAUGGAAGGAAAAGAAUGGAAAAAAAGGUUAAGGAGAAAACUGAUAUGUUGCAGGGUGGGGAAAAAAGAAAAGUGAAUGAUAGAAAAAGACAUCUGAAGAAAGGAACAAGAAUGGCUGGUAAAAACAAUUUGGGUGAAUCAGAAGAAACAGCCAAAAGUAAAAAGAACAGGAGAAAUGAAAAUGUUAAGAAGAAGCAUUCUGAUAAGGAGGAGGAAAUAGAAAUGGAACUAGAACAGGCAAGCAACAAGGCCACAGAACAAGCGAACUGCAACAACCAAGAAGAGGAGAAGAAGGAAGUGGAGAAGAAGAAAAACAAAAUAAGGAAAACAAAGAAAAAGAAAAAUAAGAAGGUUAAAAAGAAAAAUACUUUCAGCUCAUCCGAUUCAUUGGAAGAAGAUGUAGUCAUCACAGCAGAGGAACUAGCCAAGCUAAAGGAAGAUGUGGAAGAAAGUAAGAAACUGAUUCUAACGUUACGAAACAAAGCUUGGUGCAUGAAACGCAAAUUGACAAUGCUGAAAGAAUCACAAGAAUUUGUGGAGAAAUUCGAAGGAGCACUGGGGAAAGGAAGAGGCAGAAAGUUUUAUGCCUAUAAAGUAAUGUUGACAAAAAAAUGGAUGAAAUUUCAACGUGAUUUUGAAAAUUUCAAAACUGCAUGUAUUCCAUGGGAGAUGAAAAUAAAGGAGAUUGAAAGUCACUUUGGUUCUUCAGUCGCCUCUUAUUUCAUAUUCUUAAGAUGGAUGUAUGGGGUAAAUAUGGUUCUGUUUGGACUAACCUUUGGCUUGGUUAUGGUCCCUGAGGCCCUGAUGGGAAAGGUAUAUGGCAGCAUGCCUAGAAAAACUGUCCCCAGGAGCGAUCAAGGCACAGCCAUGGAUGUUUCUACAUUGUGGGAUUUUGGAGGCUAUGCACAACAUUCUGUCCUUUUCUAUGGUUAUUACAAUAACCAGCGGACGCUCGGAUGGCUGAAGUAUAGACUGCCUUUGGGUUACUUCCUGGUGGGAGUUGGUACCAUAGCGUACAGCUACAUGGUGGUGAUUAGAACAAUGGCAAGGAAUGCAAAUGAGGAGGGUGGUGGAGAUGAUGCAAGCUUUAACUUCAGCUGGAAGAUUUUUACAAGCUGGGACUUUCUCAUUGGGAACACAGAGACUGCAGACAACAAGUUUGCAUCCAUCACUACCAGCUUUAAGGAAUCCAUUCUGGAAGAACAGGAGAAUCGGAAAGAAGAAAACAUUCAUUUGACCAGAUUCUUACGAGUUCUUGCCAACUUCUUGGUGCUCUGCUGCCUGGCUGGAAGUGGUUAUCUUAUUUACUUUGUUGUAAGAAGGUCUCAGAAGUUUGCAUUGCAAGGACUGGAGGACCAUGGAUGGUGGGAAAGAAAUGAAGUAAAUAUGGUCAUGUCCCUACUUGGUAUGUUCUGUCCAACAUUAUUUGAUGUCAUUAGUUCUUUGGAAAACUACCAUCCAAGGAUAGCACUCCGAUGGCAGCUGGGUCGCAUCUUUGCUCUGUUCCUUGGUAACCUCUACACGUUCAUUAUUGCCUUAAUGGAUGAAAUUAAUCUCAAGCUUGAAGAGGAAAAGGGUGUGAAAUUCAACAUGACCCUGUGGGAAAAGACCCUUUAUAAUGGCACUUGGUUGGGGAAUUCAAGUACUGGGCCUCUACUAGAAGUUGAUCCUGCAGAUGUACCCAGGGGACCAUGCUGGGAGACCAUGGUGGGGCAGGAGUUUGUACGGCUCACCAUCUCUGAUACCUUGACCACGUAUUUUACUAUACUGAUUGGGGAUUUUCUCCGCGCUGUGUUUGUCAGAUUCUUUAACUACUGUUGGUGCUGGGACCUGGAAUAUGGGUUUCCCUCCUAUGGAGAAUUUGAUAUCAGUGGGAAUGUUCUGGGCUUGAUCUUCAAUCAAGGCAUGAUUUGGAUGGGUGCAUUUUAUGCUCCGUGCCUCCCAGCUAUCAAUAUUCUGCGUCUAUUUGCCUCCAUGUACCUGCAGUGCUGGGCAGUCAUGUGCUGUAAUGUUCCACAUGAGCGGGUGUUCAAGGCUUCAAGAUCCAAUAACUUCUACAUGGCAAUGCUCCUGUUCAUCUUGUUCCUGUCAACACUGCCUGCAGUUUACACCAUUGUUUCAAUACCACCAUCCUUUGAUUGUGGCCCAUUUAGUGGGAAAAAUAGAAUGUUUGAUGUCAUUCAUGAAACUCUGGAGAGUGACUUUCCACCUUGGUUUGGGAAGGUUUUUAGUUCUGCAUCCAAUCCUGGGUUGAUUAUACCUUUCAUUUUGCUCAUGGUUCUGGGUAUUUAUUAUCUACAGUCAACCUCGAAAGCAUAUAAGGCUGCAAACAUGGAGUUAAAGAAGAAAUUACAAAACCAAAAUGAGGAAAAUAAAAAGAGAAACAAAAGAGCAGUUACAGUUGCAGCAGAACAGACGGAGGAUCUGAAAAACUCGGUAAUCAACACAGAAUCGCAGCCCACACAACUUACAUCAGCAACUGGGAACAGCAGAAAUUUGAAAGAUAACAAAAGAAUGGAAUGCAGUGCCGCAGACAAGAAAACAAAUAAUCAUCAGACCAGAGAGAGUUCCAUCAGCCAUUCUCCAUCCCAAGGCAUGUAUCCACCCUCUGGAAGAGGAACAAGGCUUGCUGCUCCACCCCGCUUAACUGUGACUCAACCUCCAGGGCCAAGGCGACCUGCAAUGCCUGGCUAUUUGCCAGGUUAUCCACACCACUCUGGGCCCCAACAGCAUAGAGCCCUUUCAAGGAUGGACAGAGUUACUUACAGAUGAUAUGGUCAAGGUGACUGAAAUAUAAAGUAACUGCACUAUGAACACAACUUGAAAGUUUAAGUCUGUCAUUUUUUUUCAUGUGGAAGACAAAACCCAUUCAUUCAAAGACACAGUCAGAGUGUAAAAUGAGUACAUUUUGCAAUAUGUGUAAUAUAUCCUGCUGAAAUGAAACAAUAUCAUAGACAAAGUAGUGAGCAUGGGUUGUUUUUUGCAAACGUUGUUUCAGAUGUCCUUCGCCCUGGGAUGCCUUUCCGAUGUGAAGGGCGCUAUUACAAGUGUAAGCUGUUGUUGUUGUUGUUUUGUGUUUGUGGUAUUAUCUUUUGGCCUUGUUAAUGAUUUUUUUAGAUUUUGGAGAUAAAAGAAAUAACACAAAA